AUGAUGUUUAAAACACAAAACUACGAGGUUACCAAGGGCAUCAAUUACGAGUAUGUUUAUGUUCAAGCAAAUAACGAUUUAAAACCGACAUUUUUGUUUCUUCAUGGUUUUCCGUCGACAUUCUAUUCUUGGCGUCAUCAAAUAAAAUAUUUUUCUGAACAAGGAUAUGGAUGUUUAGCACCAAAUCUAAUGGGUUAUGGAAAAACAUAUUCACCCUUGAAUAAAGAUGAAUAUAAAUUGAAAUCCAUGGUUACUCAUCUUAUUGCUCUUCUCAAUCAUUUACAUUUGAAUAAAGUUAUCGUAGUCGGACACGAUUGGGGUACAGCACCAGCAAUUCGAUUUGUUUUAUAUAAUCCUGAACGAACAUUGAGUCUCGUUCUCAUCAGUGUUGGUUAUCGACCACCGGCUAAAAUGGAUCUUGAUCAAGUAUUGGAGACUUCAAAGAAAAUAUUAGGCUAUGAAAAUUUUGGUUAUUGGAAAUUUUUUGAAUCCGAUGAUGCAGCAACAAUUAUUGAAAAUAAUGUGGAUAGUUUUAUCGAUCUUUUGUUUUCAAAUAAUUCAGGAGAAAAGAAGAUUAAUUUUGCUCCCGUAGGUAAAAUCCAAGAAUGGUUGAUGAAUGGACAACGCACAAUACGAGCUUCAUAUAUGACUGAAGAUGACUAUGCAAAUUUUCGUGAAAAUCUUCUUGAAGGAAUGCAACCAAAAUUGAAUUGGUACAAAGCAGCUAUUGAAAACAUCAAUUGGGAUGAUGAGAAGAAUCUCGAUCCAAUAAUUAAAUGUCCAGUUCUUUUCUUUACUGGAACAAAAGAUUCUGUCUGCGUAACUGCUCUAUUUGCCGGUCAAAAACAAUAUAUUGCUGACUUAGAAGUGGUUGAAUUAGAAGCUGGUCAUUGGUUGAUGGAAGAAAAACCGAAUGAAAUUAAUCAAGGAAUCGAACAUUGGAUCAAACGGAUCGGUUGA